UGGAAUAAUUGUGCAUUCAUUGCAGUUGACAUACACCUGAUCGCAAUGCUGCUAAUUAAUACACUAGUGUUAGUUUUACUGUUCUCGCUGAUACAGUUAGGUCAUUCAAAAUGCCACGUGAAUCUUCAGUGCCAUUUAGCACCGUUGGAGCCACUGUUCAUCAAGGAUGGUAAGCUGUGGGCACCGGAUGGACCGGAGCUCACCUGGGAAGAACAGGAAAGCACGAUAGUUGCUUGUGCCAAAGUAAACUUUGUGAAUGCAAACAACAAUACAACAUCGUUAACAUGCGUAUCAGGACAGGAUUUUCUAGUAGAAGGAACAACGGUGAACUCGUCAGAACUGCAAUGUUCUGGUAGAAUGACUGGAGAGGCCGAGGAAGCUGGAGAAAAGUGUGGAACCAGCGGAACAUUGUUGAAGUUAGGGUUUAAUGUUGAGGAUGUAGGAUUUCUGACAUACAUUGAGUCGUGUUACGAUAGGCCACAAGCAUCGGUCAUCUAUACGAGGCAUAUCAUUCCUGGAAAGGCGAUUGCACAUUCUAUCAAAGAAUCUUAUCGACCGUCAUUCAAAGUUGCUGGAACAUCCUCUCAUGUGAACCCGGCUACUUCUUACACUCAGCAAGCUCAGUUGACUAGAUUAACCGAGUUGUUAGGCUCUGAAGAACAAGCCAAAAAGUUCAUCUCGGGUGGAUCAUACUAUAUGGCUCGUGGACAUCUGGCUCCCGAUGCGGAUGGCAUUUACAGAUCUUGGCAAUGGGCGACCUUCUUCUAUGUGAACGUUGCUCCGCAAUGGCAGGUUGUCAACGCUGGUAAUUGGUUAGUAGUUGAAAAUUUGUCUCGUGCUAAAGCAGCCCAGCUACAGGAGGACGUAGUUGUGUAUGAUGGAGUGCACGAUAUUAUGUCGUUGCCCCAUGUCGAUGGUCAAUUGGUACCGAUAACACUUGAGGCUGGCGGCAUUCGAGCUCCGAAGUGGUAUUGGAAGAUAAUCGUAUCGCCCAUUACAAGUGCUGGUAUCGCAUUCGUCACCAAUAACGAUCCGUUCCGAACUAACAUAGCGGUCGAUGAAUUUCUGUGUGAAGAUGUCUGUGCAAAGUACGGCUGGAGUGAAGAGAGGUUUAAGGAUUUUACCCGUGGAUACACUUACUGCUGUACGGUGGAAAACUUGAAAGAUGCUAUUGCGGAUAUCCCAAGAGAUUUGAAAGUUAAUCAAGUCUUACAUAAAUGAGAUUACCAAACAGGAAAUAAAAUAUUGUUAACAGCACAGUACUAAAAUAACGUAAUAAAGACGUUUAAACACUAUCGAAAUUGAAAAA